GUUGGUGGUGAGUGCUUCACUCUCGAAUUCAUCGCUUCUUUGCAACAAAGAAGGAAUAUACCAUCCAUAAAAUUACAACAGCCGCAUCGAGCCUUAUCACCACACUGCACAGGAAAGCUUCAGCAGCAGCAGUAAGGUAGCUUCAAUGGCGGCUCCGUUGACCACCCUGUCAAAUGUUGGUUCGCUUCCGGCUUCUCGCAGCGUGUCUCAGAUCAGAGUUUUGACCCCUACCUGUUCUUCGGUCACAAUCCCAUCGUCGUCUCACAAAACGGCGACGUUGUCCUCCAGCUUAUUCUCCAGGUCGUCGCGCUUGUCCUCUCUGACAUUCUCUUCGAACCCUAGUUCCCGGAAAAGGACCAGUCUUGCUGGCUCAGUCCGCGCCAGUGCUGAGGAAGCAACUUUGCAAUCAAAAGUGACCCAUAAGGUGUAUUUUGAUAUUAGCAUUGGGAACCCGGUUGGGAAGCUUGCUGGGAGGAUUGUGAUUGGAUUGUAUGGCGAUGAUGUGCCUCAAACCGUGGAGAAUUUCCGUGCGCUUUGCACAGGUGAUAAAGGCUUCGGGUUCAAGGGGUCCGCGUUCCAUCGUGUGAUCAAGGAUUUCAUGAUUCAAGGAGGGGACUUCGAUAAAGGCAAUGGCACUGGAGGUAAAAGUAUUUACGGACGUACUUUCAAGGAUGAGAACUUCAAGUUAUCUCAUACUGGACCAGGAGUUGUUAGCAUGGCCAAUGCAGGGCCCAAUACCAAUGGGAGCCAGUUCUUCAUAUGCACGGUCAAGACACCGUGGCUGGACAACAGGCAUGUCGUUUUUGGGCAAGUGGUGGAAGGCCUGGACGUUGUUAAACUAAUCGAGUCUCAAGAGACAGACAGAGGUGAUCGUCCUACAAAGAAGGUGGUGAUUGCCGACUGCGGAGAGCUGCCGGUGGCCUGAUUCGGAUUUGUAUGAGUUUUAGUUAUUUCGAGUUUUCCCUCGGAUCAUUUCUCCUUUUUGGAAAUGUGGGCUUUUGUAUUAUGUACCCCAGUAAGAGGAUUCAGUUUGUUUGGUGGAUUAGUCCUGCAGGCUGCAGCACCAAAUCUCGCCUUUUUUCCAUGAACUAUUAAUAUUAGAGUUUGAUUACCGGGAAUUAUAGCCAAUUAGAGCGAUAA